UGUUUCACUCCGGAUCCAUGCUGUUUAUUUGACGAGUUUUUCCAUUGGAUAUUAUUAGCAACUCGGAACACAAAAAGGUAUUGUUUUCUUGAAAAAUGAGAACACAUCCAAUAGGAGUACCUCAUCCAAUUCUGAAGAGGAUUACAAAGCCAGUAAUGAACAGCGGUGCCAAGAUGGCGCUGCGGAAUCCUGACCCAGCUCCUGUCCGGAGGACAAGAAGUCAUCGCCAAGAGGCCGUGCCGACAGCCUUCUUUACCCCAAGAACAUAUCAGAUCGAGCUCCUUGAUGUGGCGCUCCAGAGGAACACUAUUGUAUGUCUUGGCACUGGGACGGGCAAGACAUUCAUAGCCAUCAUGCUCAUCAAGGAACUUGCCCACCAAGUGCGUACACCGUAUAACAGCGGAGGGAAGAGGACUGUGUUUCUAGUCAAUAAUACUGACUUGGUUGCACAGCAGGCAAAAGCUAUCCGGCACCAUACUGAGCUUGCUGUUGGAGAAUACAUCGGAGCUAUGAAUGUGGACAUCUGGGACUUGACAAGGUGGCAAAAGGAACUUCAGAAGUACCAAGUCCUUGUCAUGACGCAUCAGAUAUUCCUUGAUUUGCUUCUCCACAGCUUUGUGAAAACUUCACAGAUUAAUCUCAUGAUUUUCGAUGAGUGUCACCAUGCUGCAGAACGCCAUCCAUAUGCUCAAAUUAUGGAGCAUUACGUCCAGGAGAAGAAGCUACUGCCCGAGUUCAAUUCCAAACUCAACCGACUCUCACUUCAGGGGCCAGACUAUGUGGAAAGCUUACAAAUAGCUGAUUCAAAGUGCAAUAGCCCAGCCAUUCUUGGCCUCACUGCUUCAAUCUUGAAUCGUAAGUGCAAAUCUGUGCGUCAGUUGAUUCAGGACUUGCAAAGCUUGGAGAAGACAUUACAUUCUACUGCCAUUACUGCAUCGGAUAUGGUGUCGGGUGAUAGCUUUGGUGCCAAACCAAAAGAGCAGUUAGAAGUUUGCGAUGACUAUGAUGAAGAUCAGACUGAUAUCGUUGAAAAGAUGGAGAAAGAGUUGCAGGAUUCGCUUCAGUUCCUCGAUGCUUGUUCGCUGCGUGUGAAGUAUCUCAUGGAGAAGGAUGAUGAUGAUGAGCAUGAGAUCUAUAAGGGCCUGACGCUGAGUAGAACUGCCAUCAUUGAGUGCCAGGUGAUUUUGCACACGCUCGGACCAUGGUGUGCAUACAACAUUGCUCAAGCCCUCAUCAAGCAGCUGGCCAAACUCGAGGAUCACGAACCAUUGGAUAGUAAUCGUCUGUUUCUUCGAUUCGCUCUCACCAACUUACGUAUCGUCUACCGUCUGUUUGACAAAGAGUUUGAUAAGGUGCAGUGUCUGGAGGACUUUCAUAAGUAUAUCAGUCCGAGAGUCUUGAAACUAAUUGACAUCAUUCAUUUGUUCAAACCAAAUGACGACUUUGAGAUCACCAUGGAUGGAGAGAAUGAUUUUAACUUCGAUGAUUUGGAGGAGGGCGAGAUGUCAGAAGAUUCCUUUGAUUUGUCAGAUGAUGAGGAGACGCCAGCCGUCCAAGAGCAGCCAAAGUCACCACAGCAGAUGAUGCAUUAUGUCGCCAAGAAGAAGCCAAAUGAAGAAAACGAGUCGUCUGCUCAUAACGGUCAUGUUAGAGAAGUGGACGAGGCCAUGUUGGGCAUUGUUUUUGUUGAGCGACGGAAUGUUGCUUUAACUUUGAAUAAGCUGAUACAAGAGUUGUGUAACUGGGAUGAGAAUCUGUACUUUGUUCGUAGCGCUCAUAUCAUGGGGCGGGGGACCAAGGGCGUGACAAAGGAGUCGGAAGCCCUGCACAAGAAACAAGAGGAGACACUGAGAAGGUUCCGCAAUAAAGAUGUCAAUCUUUUGAUUGCUACCAGUGUUCUAGAGGAGGGCAUUGAUGUGCCCAAAUGUAACCUGGUCACCAUGUUUGACAAGCCACAGAACUAUCGGUCGUACGUUCAAUCAAAGGGCCGUGCACGUGCCAUGAAGUCGAAAUACUUCAUGUUGGUCAACAAGAAAGAGGAGGAGAUCUUUGAAAAAGAAGUUGCAAACUAUAAGGAAAUGGAAAAGACAUUAGUGACAAAGUGUCGUGGACGUGAAGAACUGGAUGAAGAGGAAAUGGACAACCACCUUGCUGACAAGUACCUCCCUCCAUACAUGCCAAUAAAGAAAGAGGGCACUGCCAAGGUUACUAUGAGUUCCGCCAUUGGCCUUGUCAAUCGGUACUGUGCCAAGCUUCCUAGUGAUGCGUUCACCCAUCUCACGCCAAAAUGUACCACGAGAGAGAUAGAUGGCGCAAAGCCAGAGGAACGAUACCAAGCGACCUUACAGCUGCCGAUAAACUCACCGAUAAAGUGUCCGAUCAUUGGUGAGGCCAUGCCAAGGAAGAAGCUUGCUCAGAUGGCAGUGGCCUUGAAGACAUGCGAGAUAUUACACAAAGAAGGUGAACUGGAUGACCAUCUUCUGCCCGUUGGUAAAGAGGUGCUUGAGUUUGAAGGUGAUGAUGAAGAGUGGGAAAAUGAAGAUCUCCAGGGUCAGACACGGCCAGGAACGACAAAACGUAAACAGUAUUACUACAAGAAAAAUGCAGAUCAUUUUGUUCGAAACCGUCCAAAACCGCAAGAGCCAUGUCAUUUAUACUUUGUCAAGAUGGUGCUGACAAAUCCAAUAUCAGAGGAACAGAAUACUCGGGGACGGCAGCUUUAUCCUCCUGAGGAGACUGUACAAUCUUUUGGGAUCGUUACCACUAAAAAACUGCCAAAGAUACCACUAUUCCCUGUGUUCACCCGAUCAGGGGAGGUCACAAUCUCGUUAGAGUUACUCACAGAUGAGCUAGACCUUGCUGACGUCCAGCUCUCUAAACUCAGUGAUUUCCACCGCUAUGUGUUCUUAAAAAUGCUCCGUCUCGAGAAGGAUCCCAUGGUCUAUGAUCCGGUGAAUGCUGAGUGUGGAUACUUGGUGGUGCCACUCAAUAAAGAUUCCCCUGAAGAAGAUCUGGGUAUUGACUGGAAGUUUGUGGAUCUGAUUCAGUCCUGCAUGAACCUGAACAGCAAUGCAGCAUUCCAGAAGGAGAAAGAAGACAAGUUUACAUUCGACGAAGAGAAGUUCCGAGAUGCUGUUGUCAUGCCAUCGUAUCGCAACAUUGACAAGCCACAAUACUUCUAUGUUGCGGAGAUCCGUUACGAUUUGAAUCCAAGCAGCUCAUUCCCUUCACAGGAGCUGUAUAGUACGUUUGAACUCUACUACAAACAGAAGUACGGCAUUGCCAUCACCAGCCAUGACCAGCCCUUGCUCGAUGUUGACCAUACAUCUGCUCGGCUAAACUUACUCACACCCCGCUACAUGAACCAGAAAGGCGUUGCCUUGCCAACCAGCAGUGCUCAAACAAAACGUGCCAAACGUGAAAAUCUGCAACAGAAGCAGAUUUUCAUUCCUGAACUUUGUGGUAUACAUCCUUUCCCUGCAUCUCUUUGGAGAAAAGCAGUGUGUAUCCCUGCCAUUUUGUAUCGCGUAAACUACCUCCUUGUUGCUGAUGAAAUCCGACUGCGAAUAGCUCACGAGGCCAAGAUUGGUGUGGAUGUCCUACCAGAAGGAUUUGAGUUUCCUAAGCUAGAUUUUGGUUUUAGUACGAGGCCACAGAACCCAGAGGACCAAUCAAAAUCUGAUGCAGCUGACCUAUCAAACACUUCGUUUGAAUCUAUGCAAAGCGACGGGCCUGAUCCAAGCCCUGAGCAGAAUGGUCAUUCGGGAGAUCAUCCUACUGACGAGAUGGUGGACAAUAAUGCUGCUGAAGGUGGUUCUUUGAGUAAAGAGAAGGAAGGCAAUACUCGGGACACCUCGCUUGAUAUAUCAAGUGCAGACUCCACAACAGACAGUCAGUCAUGUGACCAAAACAAUGAACCAGCAGACGCCAUGGGGUCAUGUGACCAGAAGCACCAGGCAGCAGACGUGACGUCAUUGCAGAAUGGUACAAAUGAAAACAAUGAGCAUGACGGUGUUGUGGAGAUUGUGAAUGGACAUCGUCCAAUUGAGGAACAGAACGGUGAUGAAAACCAUGUUGUUGUUGUUGAGAAAAAUGGCCAAACUGCUUCUGAAGAUGAUGACAAUGUGCAUACAACUGAGAAACAAGAGACAAACCAAGACACUGCCCCAAAUCAUGACAGAAUUAUUGAAAAUGGCAACACCAUUGAUUCAACUGACUGUGAUUUUGUACCCAGGCUGACCUCACCAGAUUACCAAAGCGAAUUCGGCCCAAGUCCAUGCCUGAUUUUGCAAACUUUGACUAUGUCAAAUGCCAAUGAUUUCUUCAACCUUGAGCGCCUAGAGACAAUAGGUGAUUCAUUCCUCAAGUUUGCUAUCACUGCCUACCUGUACUGUUCUUACCCUGGCAUUCAUGAGGGGAAACUCAGCUACCUACGCAGCAAGCAAGUCAGUAACUUCAAUCUGUAUCGUCUGGGAAAGAAGAAGGCAUUCGCUGAGUGCAUGGUCUCCGCUAAAUUUGAACCAACAGAGAACUGGCUUCCUCCUGGGUAUGUUGUACGUGGAGAUCCUCGAGUGGUCGUUCAGGUUUCUGACAGGAGGGAAUCCCCAAGAGAGAGGCGUGAGAGGAAGAAGUCGGAGAGCCUGAACCUUGCAAAUCUCAGUGAGGCUGCUCUGCAGCAACGGCAGCUCCAGAAGGAAUUAGAUGAAAUUAUAGAGCAGUCUGAGCGCGACAAGAAAGAGGGAACUGAUGUCGAUGAUAUAUUGAUUCCUUACAAUCUUCAAACGCAACAGAGCCUACCGGAUAAGAGCAUUGCUGAUUGUGUAGAAGCCCUGAUUGGUUGUUACCUCAUGACAUGCGGUAUGAAGGCAGCACUCCAGUUCAUGUCCUGGUUGGGUCUGAAAGUCCUCCCAAAGGAAGAAGUGCCAAAGCCAGAACAUCCUGGAGAAACUGUUGUGGAGUAUCAUGACCUGCCCCCUCCAGCUUCUCCACUGCUCACCCACGUACCACACGCACUGCGCAUUCUCGAACACAACUUGAACGGCUUCGAGAGCUUUGAGGAGAAGAUACAAUACAAGUUUCAGGAUCGGUCGUACCUGCUGCAAGCGUUCACUCAUGCCUCUUACCACUACAACAACAUCACUGAUUGCUAUCAGAGGCUCGAGUUCCUAGGUGAUGCCAUCCUCGAUUACGUGAUCACCAGACAUCUCUUCGAAGAUUCGAAAAAGCAUUCCCCAGGUGUUCUCACCGACUUGAGAUCUGCCCUGGUUAACAAUAACAUCUUUGCUGCCCUGGCAGUCAAGUGGGACUUCCACAAGUUCUUCAAGGCCGUCUCACCCCACCUGUUCCAUGUCAUACAGAAGUUUGUUGAGUGGCAGAAGGAUAAGAAGAAUGAUGAGAUCAACUUGGAUGAAGAGUUCCAGGAAUCGGAGGGCGAUGCUGAAGGCGAAGACAUUGAAAUUCCCAAGGCGUUGGGCGAUAUCUUUGAGUCUGUGGCCGGCGCCAUCUAUCUGGACAGUGGCAUGUCACUAGAGGCAGUGUGGAAGGUCUACUACAGGAUGAUGAGGCCACAGAUAGAAAUGUUCACCACCAACAUUCCUAAAUCCCCUGUGAGAGAACUCUUGGAGAUGGAACCAGAGGCUGCCAAGUUCGAGAAACCGGAGAGAACUAUGGAUGGAAAAAUACGGGUAACUGUGAACGUCAUUGGGAAAGGACAGUUCAUAGGAAUCGGGCGUAAUUAUCGUAUUGCCAAGAGCGCCGCUGCCAAGAGAGCCUUGAAAGCUCUGAAGCAGAUGCGAAUGCAGAUUUUGGAGCAGCAGAUGAUACAACUAGAGAAGAUGAUGAUGCUGGAGGAUUCACUCACAGCAGCAUAGCUGGUCGUCUGCUUAGGUCAGGUCCGUCCAAUCAUCUUCAUACCUCCCCCUGUAUUUCCAUUUCCAAUGUUUGAUGUUAGGAAAACACCAUUCCUAUUCGUCAUGAUAUCUAGUAUCUAGUAACAUCAGACUCUACAUUCUCAACAUGUCCUGAUCCUGAUGAAGUCGCAGCCAUUUCAAUACAAACAUGGUACCCUAUAUGCAUUUCAUUGACAUUAAACGAGUGUGUGCAACAUUUCUCUGGGUUUGAAUCAAAUUUUUGAGGGAGGGCCUUCUGAAGACAACUAGUUUUUGUAAUGAGAUAUUAGCUUAAAUUAUGUCCUUGUUGGCUCUCUUUGGGCCUGGAAACAGUAGUUGAAGAAGCAGUAGGCACCAAAUCGCCUUUCAAGCGAUUGCUCAAAAUAGAUUAUGAUUUGGUACUUGAUCAUUAUAAAUGUAUUGUUGUGCUGAUGUCUCUAUGUGCCAAUUAUUGUAGUGGUGCUGUUUGCAUGUGAGCGUAAUAUUUGAGAUUUUCUUGGAUCUUUCCUUUUUAAUGUCAUAUGGUUUAUUUACAACACGCCGUGGAGGACCAGUUUCUCAACUUGCUGAUGUAUUUGACAGGCUUUCCAUCAUACCGAGCUGACCUGCCUUGGACAUGUGUGGGAAGUGCAUGCAAGGCCGUACAUCACCAUUUGAACUGACCAAAAGGUGUCCGUAGUGGCAGUUUUUAACUGAAUCAUCAACCAGAUCACAUUCAUAAGCCAAGUUCAUCUGGUAUUCAGAGCAAUAUGAUUCAGGACACCGUAUGCAUACGAUUUUCUGGUUUGGAAGGCCCGAUUGAUUCUUGGCAAAUUGGGAAGUCAAUUCUCCAUGGCAAUCUAACUGGUUAUUGUGACUCGGCCUGAUACUUUUCUGUGUGUUUUGAAUUAGAUGUGCUGGUUGUUAUCAUCAUCAAAGAUUAUAUCCCCAUAUGUUUUGUGAUUAUCUAUGUACUAAAGCUUCAGUGGUGGGUACUGGCAAAGGUCAUAAGUGCUGUAUGAUGUAAGUCCACAGAAUUUCAUCUUGUUAAUACACCAAACAUUCAGAAUAGUUAAAACAUGGUCAGACAUGUCGUACCGAUUGAUCAAAUAAGAAAAAGAUGUACUCUCAUACUCAUGAAGAAAACUAAAUGCUCUUACAUUGCCUUAGGACCAUACUCGCCAAGUAUGGUACCCACGAGCAUCUGAACCAGGAAAUGCUGAUUAGUCCAAGAGUCACCAGACUACUAUGACACCCUGAUUAUGUCACUCAGACUGUCAACUUCAAAUAGGCUAUCAGUGUGCUUCAUACUUAUGAAGUAUCCUGGACCUCCCCAUCUCUAUGCACUUAAGCGAAAUAUGUUGUUGUGAUCCAGUAUUAUGUUUGUGUUGUUCAAUUUAGUAUCUGCAUUUUCUAUGUUUAUAUUUGGUUGUAGUUGCAAGUUAUAAUUUUGUUCAGAUUUUUAUUUUGUUGUCAAGUUUGCAACCUGUUUGACUUUCGUUGUAAAAUGGUUGUCCAUAUAUCUCUCAGACAAUGAUAUCUAUGCACCACAUUCAAUGUGAAAUCAGAUUUCGCUUAUUAAUAUCACAAUAUCAUUUAUCACAUUCUCAAAACCAUUGUUGUUGAAAAAAUACAUGUUGCAUUUUAUUUUGUGUUUACAAUGUUGCUGUAAUUUUACACUUGAAGCAUUGAUCGAUGAUAAAAAAGGAGACAGAGUGCUGUGCAACCCAGUAAUUUUUGUCACAGUGACCGGCGAUUAUAAUCAGUACCAUGUGCGACAGAAGAUUUCUGGUCUGCGGGUAAAACCGUUAAUCACCGCAUUAGAUACUGAUUUCAGGUUGUGUGAUCACCGAUUCUUGUUGUUGACAGGUCUGUGAUGACCACUAGCAAACAAUUCUGUUGCAGCAACCAUGAUUGCAGGUUUUAGUGAUUUAAAUCGCUUGUUUGGGGGUGCUUACAGAAAGAUCUGAAUUACUGAAAGGAAGUAUCCUGAGGCUGAGUUGCCAGUAACUAUGCAGGUAAAUGUCACCAUACACAAUUGGUGGAGUAUCGUAUCAGAUUAUGUGCUAUUUUCAAAAUAUAUGUAUCUUGUGUUUGAUGUUUGUACUGUAUGUGUAACUGGUGUGAUAAAAAAAACCAUGCAUGAAGACUAAUGAUCAGUUUCCCAACUUAAUUUGCCCAUGGCUUGAGAGUAGGUCACUACUGGCAGCAGCGUAUGACCACAUCCACUAUUACUAUCCAGGUAUGUGUACUUUUAGACAAUCAUGUCACCUGGCCUCGGAAUUGGUACGUGUCUAAUCUCUUCAAUUGUGUCGGUCUGGUUCAUGUGAUUUGAGGGCCUUUUACUAAUUAAUGUGUUCAUGGAAAUCAGAAAAUAUGCGAAAACCUUGCGUCUUGGCCAUACUGAUCAUUUCAUAAAAAAUGUAAUGAAAUGCAAGCAUGAAUGACAUUUGACUGUUGUAUAGCAAAAGUUAUUUUGAUUUGCUCAAUCAUGUAAUACUAGUGCUGAAGUGACUAAUAUCCGCUCUGUUCAUUCACAAUACAAACCCCUUAAUUAUCCAAGCUCAAACUCUAAUGUUAUUUGCACAAUGAUGAUAAUACUGUAGCAGAGUGAUCAAAAUCAGGUAUAAAAAGCAUUUAUUGAUGUUUAGAUUUAAAAAGCAGGGUUUCUGCUGAUGUUGUUGAAGUCCAUAAUGACCCUCUUCUCUUUAAAUUUCUCACACUUUCCAAUCAUUGUGUAGACAGUGUAGUUUUAGUGUCAUCAAUCUACAUGUACCCUUCAAAUUCAAAAAGAAAUGUUGAAAUACUUCACCAUUGAUACAAUGUAAAAAGUGAAAAAAUGAUCAGAGUGCCAUCUUCUGGGACAUUAUCCGAUUACUUUGUCUUGAAAUAUGCGAGUCCAACUAAAUUGUAGAUAAGGAUUGUAACUGAACCUGUCGAAAAUUUGGUAGUUCAGUGACAUCUGAUCUGUCUUAUUGGCAAAAAUCCACUUUAAUUAAAAAUGUUAAUG